AGCUUGAAGUUUAGUAUUUAAACUUGAAGAUUAUUAUUUGAAUUUGAAGAUUAAUAUUUGAACUUGAAGAUCAUUAUUUGAGCUUGAAGUUUAGUAUUUGAACUUGAAGACUAGUAUUUGAACUUCAAGAUCAGUAUUUGAACUUGAAGAUUAUUAUUUAAGCUUGAAGAUUAGUAUUUAGACUUGAAGACUAGUAUUUGAACCAUCAAGAUCAGUAUUUGAACUUGAAGAUUAAUAGUUAAACCUGAAGAUCAGUAUAUGCACUUGAAUAUUAUUAUUUGAAUUUGAAGAUUAAUAUUUGAACUUGAAGAUCAUUAUUUGAGCUUAAAAAUUAGUAUUCAAACUUGAAGACUAGUAUUUAAAUUGCAUGGUCACAGCGAUAUAAAACUGCGAAGUUUGCUAAUUGAAAAUUCCGGCGGUCUCCCCUGUUAAUUACCAAAAAUCAGUAUCGUAUCGGCCGUCACUCGUACAUAAUUGUAUCGUCUAAUUAUAGAUCGAUCGAAGGAUCGAUGACUAUAAGAGUCGAGGGAAGUUUGUCAAGUAUCGACGAGGGAAACUGGGAGACCUCGAGACGGCCCUGGAAGGGCGCUUCGCUUGGCGAAGCGUCAUUUUGAGAGAGGCGCGUUCACGCGACUAUAAAUGCGAACGCGCGGGCGAAAAUCAUCUCAGUGCCGAGUGCGAAAAAAGCCACGUCGGAGCUGGUGCGUGUUCGAGCCGUCGGUGUGACCGGGAAACACGUGUACACGUAACAAUCGUCGUCGCGAUUUUAAUGCGGAAGAAUAAACUUCCUGGCGGGGACACUGUCGCGUUCAAAAUAACUUGAUUCCACUUGCAACGUUACUUACGAACUCAUCGGUGAUCCACGUAUACCUUACCGGCUAGCGGAUUUACAGAUAGUUCCGCGGUAAAGUCCAGACGCGGAACAUCCUUGCAGAGUGAAUGCUAAGUGAUACUUCUCUUACCGUGAAAAUACUUUUAUUCGGUUGGAAAUGGCUCGAAUGCGCGAUGAGGACUUUGUAAUUUAAGGACGAAGGAUUGUUAAGGGAUUAAGUUGCGGACACCGAUAGUCGGACAAGAUGAUUACCCGAGUAAAAUUAUGGUGGAAGCUGCUUUACUCCGGUCAGCAGAAAGGUAUAUUCGCAGGACUGGCAGCUCAUUCCGGCCAGAUAUCCGUGGGACUUGGCCAAGGGUUCAGCGCGAUUCUGAUCCCGAAACUGUUGGAGAGCGAAUUCGCGGACGUAUCGGAGACCUCGUGGAUCGCAUCUUUGGGAGUGAUCUCCAAUCCCCUAGGAGCGGUGAUCGCUGGACUCUGCGCCGAAUGGUUCGGUCGACGAUCCGCUAUCGCGCUCGCCAGCUUACCGCAUGCCGCUGGUUGGCUGCUGAUAGCUUUGUCGAAGAACGUGCCCAUGUUAUACAUAGGCAGAUUCAUCGGUGGAAUUGGCAUGGGUAUGGCUAACGGCCUUUACCUUUACGUCAGCGAGGCAGCAGCGCCAAACCAGCGAGCCUGGCUAGGAAGUUGCGGUCCCGUGUUAGUUUCCCUGGGUGUCCUAAUGAUCUACACGUUAGGAGCUCUGACCACAUGGCAGAGAGCCGCCGCGAUCAGCAUCGGGCCAGCGAUUCUCUCCUUGGCACUAACACGCAUGAUUCCGGAAAGCCCUGGCUGGCUGAUCGCUCGAGGACGAAAGGAGGAAGCGAAAGAGUCUCUGUUGUGGUUACGAGGACCAGGCUUAACUACCGACAAGGAGUACGAAGAAUUAUGCGAAACGAACACGAAGAGAGAGGAGAAGAAAGAGAGUCUGUUGAAAGCCCUUCACAUGCCCAGCGUUUGGAAGCCUUUCCUCGUUCUACUCGCGUUCUUCACUCUGCAACAAAUGUCUGGGAUCUACAUAAUCUUGUUCUACGCCGUGAAUGUUCUCAAGGAUAUCGGCAUCGACUUGAACGAAUACUCGGCGAGCGUCGGAGUCGGUGUGAUCAGGUUGUUCGCAUCGAUCGCCGGUGCUGGGCUCGCGAACAGCUUCGGCAGAAAAGCGCUGGCCUUCGUCAGUGGCCUAGGAAUGACGAUCUCUGCUGUAGGCGUUGCUUUGGCCUUCAGGUUUCAACUGCCGUCCAUCGUAUCUUUAGCUUGUAUAGGAGGACACGUAGGAUCGUCCAUGAUAGGAUACCUCACGUUACCCUGGGUGAUGACUUCCGAAUUGUAUCCGCUGAGGUUUAGAGGACCCUUAGGAGGCAUCACCACGAGCAUGGUACAACUGUUAUCGUUCGCCACGAUCAAGAUGUACCCUGACCUGCGUGCGUUAGUCGGUAUCGAAUGGGUGAUGUGGAUAUUCUGCGGGGCUAGUCUUCUGGGAGCUAUAUUCGCCUUGACCAUUUUACCCGAAACCAGAGGCAGAAGUCUCGACCAGAUAGAGAACGGAUUUUGCAGUAAGCGAAAGUCGGAUGCUUCGAUUCAGACCUUGCCGAGUAUCUUCAUGCAACCGAAAAACAUUACGCUACAGAAGUUCGCGUCCAUCUCGGAAGAAAAGUACCCUAAUAUGGUAGCAAACGUAUACGCGUACGAUAAUCUUUGUUUAGAAUUAUCGCCCGAAGAUGGAGUGAAAACUAAAAGUGAACCUGUGAACGAACCUGAGAGACGCGACGUUGGUCAUGUUAUCUCUAUUGAACGAGUGUCUUUCUAAUAAGACGCAAAUUGUAUGCCUUCAGAGCUUUAACACGGUUAAAAUAACCGACAGAUGUUUUAUUAGAAAUAGACAUGUGUUCUAAGAAUGUUUUUGACGUCUGCAUUGUGAUAUUUUACUAUUGACAGUUCGAUAUAUUUAUCGUGUAAGCUUGCGUUCACGAAAUGAUCCGCCAGUAUUACAAACAUUCCUACAUUCUGUUUAUAUGUACUUUUGCGAACAACGAAAUAUUGUAUGAACUUUCUGACAAGUGUAAAAAACGAUAAUCCUCUCGCUUUAGAGCGAGCGCAAUAAUGUGAGCACCUGUGAAUAUGCAUUCUUGUAGAGGAAUGAUAAACUUGUUUCGUAUUUCAAGUAUACGGAAUAAAGAAGAUAGAUAAUAAUGUGCGAUUAAUGAUUAUAUUUUGAAUGUGAGUUAGUCAGAUAAAGAAUGUGACCCGUUUAUACCACUAUUUAUGUAUAUACGCGCAUAGGUAUUUAUAUUUAUAAAUAUUUGUAUGUUAUAAACACUGUUCGUUAUUGUCACAUUACACGUUGCGCGAUACUCGUUUUGUAUAUACAUAUAACUUCCUCCUUGUGAACUGUAAAUAAUU